AUGCCUGCUCCAACUGCUCCCGCGGCGCAGAGACCACGUCCCAGCGUUGGCCAGAUUCUCUCCAUGCCGCCGCAGUGGCUAGCCAUGUACGAUGACUUCAUCACCAAGAAUGCCGGCCAGGUGUCGCAGAUUGAGAGCGCACUACGGAGCCUGACAUAUAUUAUACCAGGCCGCUUUCGCGAUGCCGAAAUCGCAUCCGAAUCAAUACAUUCGUUUGUGCAGCUCCUCUCCCUCUACCACGACAGUCUUCUCUCCCGCGCCAUCUCGCGGCUGCCCAUGCCGCCUAUACGAACUGCCCACGCGAGAUACACGCGCUUCUGGACGCAGAAGAGCAAGCUGUAUCGCAGGAUAGCAAUGGUGCUCCAGAUGGUGAUUUACACGGAACUUCUGUGCGAGAUGACCGCUAAGCGGAGGGGCGGCGAACGUUCACGAUGGAGGGUGGUUGUGCUGAUUGAGAGUAUUAAAGCCGUGUGUAGGCUUUUGCUACUGCGGGUUACGAGGUCACGGCCGCUGGUGACGCCUGUCCUUCCUGAGCGGGAGCCGAUUCCCGAAGAUGACGAGAUGAGCGAGGAGCAGGAACAAAAGAGCGAGAGUGAAUUACUCGAUGAGGUCGCGCCGCAUAGUUUGUCCGCCCUGGAUAUCAAACCCCCUCAUGAGCGGGAAUGGAAGAUGCCCCGUACGGGAAUGAGUCUGCCGUCACUCCCGGACCCCAGCGACAUAAGUUCAUACCUGCUCGGCCGGGUCCUCACAGCCGACGACAUCAAGCCCGCGAACAAGCUGCUCAAUCGGCUGCAGGGCGCGUCCCAAGCCGCAGAGGUGCUGCACAUCCUCGCCCCGUUGGUAUACGCCGUUGCCCUCGCGCGCAGCAAGAACAAGAAGUCGUGGACGCCGUGGAUGGUCGGUCUGGCGGUUGAGUAUGCGGCCCGGCAGCUCAGGGAUAUGAGCUUGCGGACGACGGCGCUCGAGAGGGACGAGUGGCAGAAGCGCGGAUGGGGAAUGGGCUGGUGGACUAUGAGGGGCGCGUUCUAUGAGAAUGUGACGAAGGGGGUUGUUGGGGGUGUGACGAAGAGGAUGCCUGGGUUUGUGGCGGGGAUUUUGGAGGAUUAUGAGUAUUUGUGGGAGAAUUAUUACUUUAGCACGAGUUCUUAG